UUUAAAAUGCGAGGAAAAGCUUUGAGCGAACGGCGGGUUCUGUUUGUUUCUGUCUGACGUCGUAAUGUGAGGCCUGAGAAGCAGCUCGACAGCCCGAAGGAGCUUCCUGACUCCUUUAUCCGAAAGUUCCCCGCAGCUGAACAUUGUUGCGGUGUAGCAUCGGGGUUCGACUGCGACAUCGCCCCGCCGAUGCGUUUCUGCUUUUCCACUCACGGGUCGGUGUGAGGUGGUGUUUUGGUCCCUGGUGUUGACCAGAGCCGGGCCCAACUGCUCCAUCAGAUGUUUCCUUUGUCGCUGCCCAACGAGCUAAAAAUAACAGGCAACAUUAGCUCAGGCCGCAGAGGUUCCUCACACGGAGGAUUUAAACUAGUCCAACCAGUUUACUCGGCCAGUGUCGCUCCAGGCCUGAGCCGUAAUGUGAUGGAGGCAGCCAUGGCUGCACACUAGAGCUUUACAGUCCAUAGAUAGAAAACGCCAACCUGUUACAGUUAACGCGUGUAUCCUACGAACAUUUCAGUGCAGUUAGAGCUUGAACUCAGUGGCAGCCGUGGACGUGUUAGUGGACCGUGUCAGCUGUAGUAGGCUCGGUAUGUCGGAUGAAGAUUCCCGUGCCAGCACAAGCUCUUCCUCUUCUUCCUCUUCGACCCAUCAGCAGCAACAGCAGGAGGCGAACCCCCCAAAGAAAAAGGACAGUAAAGCCAGCAUGAGCAAAACCUCCAAACAUCUGUCCACCAGUGCUAAGAGAAUUCAGAAGGAAUUGGCUGACAUCACCUUGGACCCUCCACCAAACUGCAGCGCCGGCCCUAAAGGAGACAACAUCUAUGAGUGGAGGUCCACCAUCCUGGGCCCUCCAGGCUCCGUGUACGAGGGGGGAGUGUUCUUCCUGGAUAUCGCCUUCACACCAGACUACCCCUUCAAACCACCCAAGGUGACGUUCCGUACGAGGAUCUACCACUGCAACAUCAACAGUCAGGGCGUGAUCUGUCUGGACAUCCUGAAGGACAACUGGAGUCCCGCCCUCACCAUCUCCAAGGUCCUACUGUCCAUCUGCUCCCUGCUCACUGACUGCAACCCAGCUGACCCUCUGGUUGGAAGCAUCGCCACACAGUACACAACAAACAGACCUGAACACGACAGGAUAGCCAAACAGUGGACCAAACGCUACGCCACAUAGUGGCCCGAGCUGCUGCUGAUUGGACGACCUGGGAGGAGGAUUUGUUUUUUUAAUCUUGGAACUGAAGUCUUCAAACCUGACAUUGUUGUUUAUUGUAUUAAGUUAUCCUUUGGCCUGACUAUAAUCAGAUCUGCCAGUAGCACAUUUAGUGUCUCCUCUUUGAAUAGUUUGCCCGUGCUUGACGAUGGGCAUUAAUACUUAACUACUAGAUGAAAUGUGUCAGCAUGAUUCCCAGUCAGUGGUGUCAGUGUAAAUUUCCACUUGUAUUAAACUUCCAGUUAGUGUUGCGAGCUGCAGCCGUAGUUUACAGGCUGCACUUCUCAGUAUUUGUGUGCUGCUGAGAAUAAAGAGAAGCUAACGUUUACCAGCACCCAUUUCUGCUUAAGCUCAUUCACAUAUUGAAGUGACCGUCUGAAGGUUUUCUUACUUUGUCACAGCGAGCAGUCACUCAAACACUGGGAUAACUGCGCUGGGACCCGAGGGCCGCUCUGGCGUUUGCUGCCACGCUCAGACUUAGAGAAAGUUGUUUCCACAUGUAGACGUGUUUAGGUGGAUGUUGGUUGUGGUUUGUGUUCUGUACCGAUGAAGAGCAGCACUGUUUCUCCCUUUAAGGAUUAAACAUGACCAACCAAAGCGA